AGGAAACUCAUUCAACCGUCAAGUCCUUUCACAUCACUCUUCUCUCUUUCUCUCUUUUUCUCUCUCUUUCUCCCUUUUUCUCUCUCUUUCUCUCUCUAUUCUUCUCUCUCUUCACUCGGUUUUUCUUUUCUUUUGCAUUCACAUCUUUUCCAUAUACACAUAUUCAAGCCAUUUAUUUCCUCAGUCAUGGUUCGAUUUACUUCUAAGCUCACACUUGUUCUUGGACUGUGUGCUGCCCUUGCACUAGCCAAUACAGCCAACCAUGCUGCUGCUGACAUCCGAUCAGAUAUCAUUUGCAGGAACGGUGCUUGUUACCCCAGAGUCUUCCGACCUACUACAGAGUUCCAAGAAGUUCUUGAGGGCCAGGAGAUACCAGGAGGUCUUCAUGUACAAAUGGAUUUUGAAACACAUCGCAAGUUCGCAAAACUAAUGGAUCCAGAGAUCGAGGCCAGCUCUAAAAAAGAUGCUACCAACUCGAUCUUGGUCAUUGAUACAGAUUCACCUGGCACAAUUCAAAAACAUCAAGUUGGGGGCGGUGGCGAAAAUAACAAUAUGCCUCCACCUAUUGACCUAAAGCACCCUGAUGGAGAAUUGACAUCGGAAGAUUCUGCACAGAUGGAGGAAAACAGUCGUAUGAACCUCCAGACUGUUUUUGACUCUAUUCCCGAACUUGCAAAUUUAAAGGAUAAUGGGAAUCAACAACAACAACAACAAAAACAGGAAACGAAACCACCUGUAGUACCACUAUUUAAGGGUAACCAGGGUGAUCAUCAAACAUUUACAGAGCAAAUGGAAAUUCUCAAGACCAAUAAGGAUCCUGAAUCUCUUUUGUCAGCGAUGGAAGAACUAGCUGAUCUGGCAAGUGAUAUGGAAUUUGGACUCCGUUUAACAAAUGGCGAAGACUUGAAGACGCUGGUCGGCUUUCUUGGCUGUAAAAAAGACAACACAGAGGCGGAAUGUCAUGAAACCCGUCUGUUGAGAUCAAAAUCUGCGCUUAUCAUUGGGAAUGCUGUGCAGAACCAUGAGAAAGCUCAGAGCGCUGGAUACAAGAAUAGUCUUCACAAGACUCUAUUGACACAUCUCGAGACUGAAACUGACGCUCAAGUUCUCCGUCGCCUCAUCUUCGCCUAUGGUAGUCUUGUCCGUGGCUCGAGUAGCGAUAAAGAUUUCAUUCAAGAUGAAGACAUCUCUAGACUCGCCAAGAUCUACAGCAAGAGUACCGACCCUUUGUUUAGACGCAAAUGUAUUUAUGUCAUGAGUGACUUUGCAGAUCCGGAUAUGCAGUUUAUCAGCCCCAAUAACGACACUGAUACAGAUAAUAUUCAGUCAGGAGAGAAGCAUAUAGUAACAAAUGUUCAAGAUGAUAAUAGCAAGAACAAUCACACCAAGACUAUGACAGUCAUCGAAAAAGUUGCCCCUAAUGUGGGGCCAUGGUGUGAGAGUCUUCAGCAGGAGAACCAAAGCAGUGAAGGACGGAGAGAGAAUAGUGAGAAGGAUGGAGACUGGGAAAUUAUUGAGCGCGCAGUGGAACUGCUACAUGCCUCAUAUCCUGAAACAUGUGUUCUCGUCAAUGACAGGAUCAAAGACGAGCUGUAG